AUGGCGGGGCUGGAGGGGUGCGACGCGGAGAGGGCGCUGGCGACGGUGGAGCUUCUGUGCCGGAUUCCGGAGGGGUGCGCGGCGGUGAAUUCGCACGCGCUGGCGGUGCCGCUGCUGGUGAGGGCGGUCCUGAGGGUGUCGGAGCGGGCGACGGAGCACGCGGCGGGGGCUCUGCUGGCGGUGUGCUCGGCGUCUGAGGGGGCGCAGAGGGAGGCGGUGGCUGCGGGCGUUCUGACACAGCUGCUGCUGGUGGUGCAGAGCGACUGCACGGAGAGGGCCAAGCGCAAGGCGCAGAUGCUGCUAAAGCUGCUAAGGGACUCGUGGCCACACGACUCAAUUGCCAACUCGGAUGGUUAUGGUGGAAGCGACGUCGUUCCGUUUUAG